GGAGAGCAAACUUCCCAGUGCAUUUGUUCAAUGUGAGCUAAUGGCUCUUUUUACCAUUUUGGGGAUUUGCCUGUCUUGUUUGAUCUUUUUUUUCCUAUGGAAUCAGCACCGGAGCAAAGGAAAGCUCCCACCUGGACCCACUCCUCUUCCAAUUGUUGGAAAUAUUUUGCAAGUGGAUGUUAAAAAUAUCAACAAAUCUCUGAGGACGCUAUCAAAAGAAUAUGGCCCUGUGUUCACCGUGUAUCUGGGCAUGAAACCCACGGUGGUGCUGUAUGGAUACGAACCAUUGAAGGAAGCUCUGAUUGACCGGGGAGAUGAGUUUUCUGGCAAAACACAAUCGUCAAUAAUCAGUCAAGUCAACGAAGGGUUAGGCAUCAUUUUCAGUGAUGGGGAAACAUGGAAGCAAACGCGGCGUUUCUCCCUCAUGGUCUUACGGUCUAUGGGAAUGGGAAAGAAAACUAUUGAAGACCGAAUUCAGGAGGAAAUCUCUUAUCUAUUGGAAGCACUGAGAAAAACCAAUGGAUCCCCCUGUGACCCCAGCUACCUUCUGGCCUGUGUUCCCUGCAAUGUGAUCUCCGCUGUCAUUUUCCAGCAUCGUUUUGACUACAACGAUGAGAUAUUCCAAGAGUUCAUGGAAUAUUCUCAUAAAACUCUUAAAAUUUUAUCCUCGCCUUGGGUUCAGCUGUGCAGUGCCUACCCUAUUUUAUACUCUCUCCCAGGAAGCCAUAAAACGUUCUUUAAAUAUGCGACUGAAAAAAAAGAGUUUUUUUUGAAGGAAAUAAAAAGACAUCAAGAAUCUCUGAGCCUCAGUAGCCCUCAGGACUUCAUUGACUAUUUUCUGAUUAGAAUGGAAAAGGAAAAAGAGAAUAAAAAGUCAGAAUUUACCAUAGAAAACCUGGUCAUCACCAUAUCGGAUCUUUUUGGUGCGGGCACAGAGACAACGAGUUCCACAAUGAAAUAUGGGCUUUUACUCCUGCUGAAGCACCCCGAGGUCACAGCUAAAAUUCAGGAAGAAAUUGCACGUGUGAUUGGCAGGCAUCGGAGCCCCUGCAUGCAGGACAGGAACCACAUGCCCUACACAGAUGCUGUGCUGCAUGAGAUCCAGAGAUACAUCGAUUUUGUUCCCAUUCCCUUGCCUCGUAAAACAACACAGGAUGUGAAAUUCAGAGGAUAUCACAUUCCCAAGGGCACAAGUGUAAUGACAUGUCUGUCUUCUGUCCUACAUGAUGACAAAGAAUUUCCCAACCCGGAUAAGUUUGACCCAGGUCACUUUCUGGAUGAGAGAGGCAACUUCAAGAAGAGUGACUACUUCUUGGCUUUCUCAACAGGAAGAAGAGCUUGUAUUGGAGAAGGUCUGGCCCGCAUGGAGAUGUUUUUAAUCCUGACUAGCAUUUUACAGCAUUUUACUUUAAAACCUCUCGUCAGUCCAGAGGACAUCGACACCACUCCAGUUCAAACAGGCUUAUUGUCUUUGCCUCCGCCUUAUGAACUCUCUUUCAUUCCAAUCUGAAGUGAGAUCAUCUUUCUCAUAGAGACUGAGACCCUGCUUUUACUUGUCAGCAAACAGGGGUUUUGUGUCCUAUGUGCCUGCAUUUUGCAGUUCUUCUUAGUGGCAGACCUGCUGCUUCUGAAAUAUUCUAAAAUUUCCCCAUAAAAUUCUUUAUGAACAAGCUCCAGUUUCCACAUAUGAAAAAAGUCUCACUGAUUCAGAAAUAAUAAAAUUUUUGUUGUAGUGUG